AAUUCGUGUGACAGUCACAGACACAACCCUCUGUCUGAACGGCGACGGCGCCACCCCCACAAACGUGCCCGAGCUCUCGACGGUGCUGGUUGUGCGACUAACAGUGACGACGACGGUGUGCGUUGUUGUUUGUGUGUGAGUGUUUCAAAAUGAUUUACUGAGAAUUCGCAAAGCGUGGUGUGUGCGAUCAAGUGAAUCGAGCGAACGGGUCGCGAUCAAGUGUUUUCCAGCAAUUCUGUGUCCCCCAUCCCCCCCUAGUGAGUGUGUGUGUGUAUUGCUGCUGUGCGUGGUAAAGAGUUUAAGGUUUCGUUAGAAAAAAAAUAUACGUUCGCCGUUUCUAAGGAUUCUGCCGUUUCCGGUUAGUGAGAGUCUUCCACGAUCUCGCGCCAGGGAAUAGCGCAAGAAGGUGUGUGUGUCGAGGGGGAAGAGCCUUGAAAAUGGCCUCAUCCUCCCAAGCCGGUGUGGCGAGCAGCUGGAAGGCGACGAUGGCGCUGCUUGUUUGGAUUACCCUUCUGCUAGGAGCCGCCGAUUGCCAGCGCCAAAAGCAGCCAAGCUUACAGAUACUGCCCUCAUCGUCGGUACAGCGCAAACCGGUUGGAAACUCGCUGCUGCUGACCUGCCGCCCCGACGUGCCGGACACCAAUCUCAUCUCCGAUCUCAGAUGGAACGACAAUCGCAACAUGACCAUCCUGCCGAAGCCAGCGGGCCAAUCAUCCCCAAUGAUCUACACCGAAUCGAUAGCCAGUGGGACGGCGUUGGCGUUAAUCUUCAACUCGCUCCAGGAAUCGAUGGCCGGAACGUACUACUGUGCGGCGUCCUACUCUGUCACCGAGAAGCUGAAUGCGGCCGUCGUCGUCGAGACAUACGUCGCCAUUACCUGGAAGGAUGCUCCCACCGAUCAGCGACCUCUACUGGGCACGGAUUAUAUCGUGCGCUGCGAAGUAACGGCCAAUCCGCCAGCCACUGUCGAUUGGCUGCGUAAUGGCGAUCAGAUUAAAUCCAGUGGCCGGUAUGUAAUCGAAAACCGGGGAUUGCUCAUCAAAAACAUCACCGAGGCGGACGAUGGAAUGUAUACGUGCCGGGCUGCGGUUAUGUCGACGGGCGAGCUGAAGAACCGUGAGAUAAGGGUCGAGGUGCAGAUCAUGCCGGAGGUGCAGCCGCUCAAGCCCGUGAUGGACGCAGUCGAGGGUCAAUCGUUCUCGGUCAUGUGCAACGCCACCGGUAAACCGGUGCCCGAGUUCCAGUGGAUUAAGCAAGGAACGCAGCAGAAUGCGGCCGAUCUAGAUAGGUUCUCUGUCAAUGCCAUUACCGGACAGCUCGAUAUCAGCAAGGUCGAGCAGCAGGAUCACGAUAGCUACGCCUGCAUCGCCCGUAAUCCGGCCGGUCAGUCGGAAUCCGUCAUGAAGCUGAACGUUUUGAUUCGUCCGAAAAUCAUCGAGCUGAUCAACAUCACCGUUUCGGAGGAUACGGAGGCCGUGUUCGUGUGCAAAGCCUUCGGACGUCCGGAACCGGAGAUUACGUUCCGUCGCUACGGUACGCUGGAGGAGUACUCGAUCGGAUUGCAGGUGAGCGACGAUCGGAUUCAGCUGGAGCAAUCGGUGGACGUGGACAAGGGUGAAUCGGUCGGAACGCUGCGCAUCUCGAAGGUAACGACGACCGACGAUGGGCUGUACGAAUGUAUCGCGCGCAAUCGUGGUGACGUCGCGUUCAAGGCUGGCCACAUUACCGUCGAGUACAGUCCCAUUUUCGAUCACAUGAAAUCACUGCCACCGGUGUACACGUGGGAAGAACGACCGGCCAAUUUGAGCUGCUUCGCUCAAGCCAUCCCGAACGCAACCAUCGAGUGGCGCUGGAAUGAUCGUCGUGUGGAGGAUCUGUACGAUCAGAAUAUGCGCAUCGAAAACCAUGGGCUGCGUAGCGAUUUGAUCAUUUCUCCGCGUGAUCGGCGCUACUACAGCGCGUACAAGUGUGUCGCCCGGAACAAGUUGGGCACGGCGGAGCAUGUGAUGGAGCUGCGUGAAGCUCGGCGCCCUGAAAGGGUACCGCAGGCGAAGGCACGCAUUGUUAGUGCGACUUCGAUCACGUUCGACGUAAUGGCACCGCCGGCUGAACCGGGACUACCGCUGACCGCGUUCUCGGUACAGUGGAUGGAGCAGCUGUAUGACGAUUGGAACCGUGCGACUAACCGUACCUGGUCACCGGAUAGUCCGUACAUCGUGGAAGGGUUGCGACCGCAGACGGCGUAUAAAUUCCGGUUUGCGGUGCGCAAUGUCGUCGGACUGAGUCAGUGGAGUGCGGACGUGCAUCAGUCGACACCGCGACGCUCGGAACCGGAAACACCCCGUAUCCUGCAUACGCCGAUCCAGGAUGAGGAGGAGGGUAACGAUCCGAUCGUCACCUCGCCGUACGCCGAUCACUUCGACAUGCGAUGGAGCAUACCGGUCGACAAUGGAGAACCGAUCGAUAUGUACCGCAUCAAGUAUUGUCCGGGCUCGAAAAUCAAUGGCAUCUGGACCGAAAUGGAGGAACACUGCAUGGAGCAGGACGUGGUGCGCAUGACGAACUACGAGAUGCGCAGCCUGCAGGCCGAUACCUACUACCGGAUAGAGCUGAUGGCGCACAACGCGAUCGGCUUCUCGAAAGCGGCCCACGUACUCAUGAAGACCGCCCGAGGAAUCGAUGUGGUACUGCGCGUCGACAGUCCAACGCUUUCGUCGGCGGCCGUGAUUGGCAUUGUGAUUGGAGCCGUGUUACUGCUGCUGAUCAUCAUCGAUCUGCUGUGCUGUCUGUUCGGCAACCUCGGCAUUAUGGCUAUGCUCUGCCGGAAGACUAAACGGUCGCCCUCGGAUCUGGAUGAUGAAGCCAAAUUGGGAAGUCUAUACGGUUGGCGUUUUCCGCUACCCUAUUGCAGUGGCAGCCUGAUCAAGGAGCGUCCACCGUCGCCGUUACCGCUGCCACCACCGAUCGUUAAGCUUGGUGCUACCACACCUCUGGAAGAUGAAAAACAACCCCUAAACACGCAACCCCCGAACGGUGGCUCUCCGGUGAAGGUGAAUUCGUCCGUGGAGUUCGACGGUCGCGUCGUUCAUUCGCGAAGUGGCGACAUUAUCGGCAAAAAUUCGUCCGUGUAAAGCUAAAUACAGAGCGUGACGCGUUUCAUUUUGUUACGAUUUUCCUUGCUCGCCCCCGGUAACCCAAUAUCAACGGCGGGCGCCCAAACGUGAGUAAGAGAAUGGAGAAACAACGGAGCGAAACCCCGUUCGACAGAUUUCCUCUUCCGUUCAUUUGCAAGAAAAGGAGGGUGUCGGAGACGAUCUGCUCUUAGUGAAAGCGAAAAUUCGAUUCAAAAUAGGUGUAAACCACGCGUGCCACGAUAGAGACACAGACAAACAGAGAGGAAAACGGAGGGAGAACCAUUUUCUGAAGUCAAACGUUGUACAGCGGACUUUUGUGGGAAUGAAAUAUAGCGCUAUUGGGAGCAGCGCGGUAGGACAGAUCGAAAGUAACGCAGAUAGAUGUAAAUGCAAUGCAAAGAAAAAAGGAAACAUAAAUUCGUGCGAAUUACAGAUCCGAUUCGGUUACAUCUGCUUUGACGCGCCGGUAAAACCAAUCUAAACUCGAUUAGGCUAGGUUCCGCUUCACUUUUACCCAACACCCCUAUAUAAAUUCGUUCCUCGGUAAAUGAGAAGUAUGCGAAAGCGGAUGUAAGUAAAUCGGAGUCAUAUAAUGGUAGUCAAAAGCCGCAUUGUAGGAUUAGAAACCGAUGCGCAGACUUAGAGGUCGUAGAGGAAGAGAGAGGGAAUAUUCCAUGGAGGAUUUUACGUGUAAACUUCAAUGACAAAGCAUGUUCUGUACCAAAAAAGUAUUGAAAGGAAGAAGAGUGUGCAUCUACCGGAAAAAAGGAUGCCAGAAAACACACUCAAUGAAGCUACAAACCGAAGAGCGAAACAAAGAUGUAAUGGAAAUUGCACAAUCCAACAACCUCUCAAUCACUCACAUUGUGUGCUACACUAGCGCCAGCGGAACAUUCGCGUUUUGUGUGCCAACACCACAUUCGAGUGAUGUGUGAUAUAAAUGGAAUGAAGAAACCAGCAAAUCGCCUUCUACAUUGACGGUACACUAGUAGAGAUGUAAGUAAGGGAAAAAGCGUAUAUACCGUAUCGCCACCGGUAAGGAACAGCAAAUCACAAAACUUGACAUUUGAACCAAACAUACAUUGCUGGUAGUAUGUACCAUGCUAUUAUGAUUUCCAAAACCCACUUGGUGCUGGUGCGUGCUACCUCGUAACGGUAGCCGGCACAUCGAGCUCUCAACUAUCCUCUAACCUGUCUAACCUGUCGUAUGUUUCACGCUAUGCUUUCGCUGAAAAGUGUAGUGUGUGCCGCUAAGAGAUUAAAAGCCUUGUUUUACCCACGACGGUAUACACACACACACCUUUCCUUGAUAACGCAUUAUUGCUAACGAGAAAGUGGGCGAUACGGCGGACCCUGCUUUGAGUAACUGUGUCUAUAUUUGUAAACUACCCGAAGCGAUGUGAUUUGAAGCUGUAGAAACCUUAUGAUGCGCCGCUGCAAAACUCAUGCGCACAGAAAAGCAGCACAUAGGAAGGAUGGAGUUGUCUAUCAUUCUAUUCCUUGGGCGCAACCUUGCGUACAGUGCAGUGCUGCAUCUUAUACCAAACCAAGACAUUCGUUUCGUUUGCAAAGUUAGCUAGCUACUUUCUGUAACUUUCAUAAGGGAAUCAUAACAAAUACCUACGGCUCUAGUGAAGCUUGUUGGAAUGCGAAAAAAACGGCGGAAAUCAAAGAUAGACUUAAGUUGCCACAGUGGCAAGUUCGUAUGAAUAUGAUUAGAAAUCCGUCAGCUCGCCAAAAUCGUCGUUCAUCUGCGUGGCUUCACAAUUAACCUAAUGCCCGUGCCUGUGUUUGUCUCACUGUGCUUUCUGAGAGCUGCUCUCAUUCAACUGACCAUAAGAUUACAAAACCCCUCCGUAUACCGCAACCCGAAACAAUCGAAUAGACAAAAAGCCAAACGAAUUACUUCCAACCGACGUCCACACCAUCUACCUGUACAUCUGCAGCACAGCUCAUUAAUCUCAAGAAUGAAGUUUUAUACCCGCUUGAUCAUAACUUAUCCUAAGCGAGAAAGCUAAAAGAAAAUCAGGAAGAUGCCAUGUCCGAUGAGACCAUACUUUUGUACAAAUCUUUAAAGAUUCAUCCCAUUGCAUGAUAUGCCCAGCUGCUGCUGAAAGGUGCUUUACCUUUUGCACCUGGAGUCAGUGGAUUUCAUUUAGUUUUAACUGGCAGAUGCAUCUAGAUAUAUUUUCCCAUGAUCAUCGUCAUGCUCGAGACGAUCGCAGCGAACAGAACAAAAUGGCAAAGUACAAGAAGAAGAAUGUUUAAUUUUGUUUUGAAUUUAAAACACAAAAAUGUCGUUUCAUGGAAUAGAAGGCUGAAAUUAAAGUAGGAGUUUGGAAACGCGAAGAAUUUAAAAGAACAACUUAACCAAACCCAAAUGGAUCUUUGUUUCCUAGCAUUAUUCGAUUGGUUUAUUUAAGAUCUCUCCCCGUUCAAGAUUGGCUUUAUGUGUAUGCACACAGUGGUCGGAGCCAGUGAACGGUUAGCUCACGGCUAUAAAAAAACACUAUUCGAAAGAGCUUCAAAGAAUCCUUGGUUAAGUGGUCCCUCUUGCUCCGGUUCGGUAAAGACACCGAAAUCCAUUACACAACAAACACACUGAUCGAAAAGUGAAAACCAAUGCGUAAAAUGAAGUAACUUUUAGUUUUCAUCAUCUAGCAGCUAGUAGUAUUAGCCGUGUAAGGAAUUACGUUGUAUUUAUAUUCCAAUGAUUAUUAUUGGUACUGUAUGGAAACGAAUGAAUGAAAUAAAACAGAAAUACCUUUUUUUUA